CCACGAGUCCACGACGCCAAUAAAUCUAUCUGUCUGAUCUGUCUGUCGUGAUGCAUUCAGCCCUUCACACCCUCCAUGGCAUCUCAUUACUGGCAGUGGCGCUCGACAGCGUCACGGUUUUCCUCUCCAGCUGGGCACUCAUCUCUGUGCUGUUGUCCUUCGCACCGGACAGUAAUGUUCACGGCUGCCAGUGGAUGGCAUCUGGCGCCUUCUGGUUGAUGCUCGUGUGCGGCGGGUCGGUGCCUUAUGAGGCGGUGGGCAGCCGAUGGACGCCGACUGUGUGCCUGGUACGCAAACGAGGGGUGACUCCGGCUGCGCAGAGGUCACAAUGAUGAUUGCUGUGUGUGUGUCAGGUUGUGUGUGGUUUAUUGGGUGCUUUCUUUGGCUAUUACGUCCAUCCCGCCAUCUUUGCCACGUUAUAUCCCGAGUCCCUCUUUCUGCUCUCCUUAGUGGCCUUUCACUUCGUCGAGUAUCUCUUCGUGGCUCUCGUCCACCCAGCCGCCCUUUCCUACGACUCGUUCCUCCUCAACAACGGCACAUCCUAUGUCAUCGCAAUGGCCACCGCAGCGGCCGAGUAUUACGGCCGACAGGCGAUUGUCAGUCGGCUGUGGUCUCCUCCCUCGAGCAAAUCCGCCGAUUUGGCGCUCUCGGCUGUGUCUGUGUUUGGCGCCUUCGUGUGUAUGAGUGGCCUUGUCCUGCGAUGGCUGGCGUUCGUCACAGCGCGGCGGCACUUCACCCAUCAGGUGGCAACUGAGAGGGUAGAGGGGCAUGUGCUGGUCACUCACGGCGUGUACGGAUGGUGCCGACACCCCGCCUACCUGGGGUGGUUCAUGUGGAGCGCCGGUGCGCCAAUCAAAAAUGUGCGUUUCUUCUCGAGCGUCUGACGUCCAUUUCCGUUUGUCUGUGUGUGUCAUGUGUCAGGCAGUCAGUUGAUGCUGCUCAACGGCGGGUGCUUUGUGGUGUUCACAAUAGUGGCGUGGCGCUUCUUCCGCGACCGAAUUCGGAAUGAGGAGCGAAGCCUGCGGGCCUUCUUUGGGCAGCAGUACAUCGACUACGCCAGCAAAGUGCCAAUCAGGUGAGAGCGGGGGGGACAUUCAGCGGUGGUAGACAUGAAUGCAGCCAUUGAUGCGGUUUGUUGUAUGCCUGUGCCUGUCAGGAUACCCCUGCUGGAUGCGAUUAUUGCACGAGAACUGUCGCCGGUGAAUGGCAUAGGAAAGACACAGUGAUGGCGCAAAUGUGAUGUACAUAGAUAGCAGCCGUGGUCUGUGUCAUGGACACAUCCAUGCAUGGGCUAAGGGACCGUCGUGCAGACAGACAUGCAAAAAGACUGCC